CACAUCCCUCACUGUAGCAGAAUACUCGUCCAUUUCUGUGCAAAUUGUAUUUUGGGGUAAUUUGGUCUCAGUUUGACCUGAGAAAAACCUCCGUUUUUCAAACUUUGCUCUUUGAUUUGUUUAAUUUGUGUCUGGCAAUAAACAAACAUCCUCUUUUUUAAUUAACAUUGUAUUUACAAGGAUCAGUCAGUUCUUGGAGUCUUUUUUUUGUGUGUGAUCAUACGAAUCAAAUCCACCUGAUUUUUUGAAGGGAUUUUACAGGUAUCCAGCCACAUCUUCUCAAAAGCAUGAAACAAACCGAGAUGAGCCGUUUGUCUCGUGAAGACGAUAACAGCAGCACCAACAGCAACGACUACAACUACCCAGAUUGUCCGAGGAAGGUCCCACUGAAUGAGCAAUAUGCAGACAUGGAUCCGGAGAGUGAAAACUUCCUCCCGGACAAAAACCCAGGGAAGAAGAACUAUGAGACAGAAUAUCACCAAGGCAAUGCCUCCUUUGGCAUGUCUGUCUUCAAUCUGGGCAACGCCAUCAUGGGUAGUGGAAUCUUGGGGCUGUCCUACGCCAUGGCCAACACUGGCAUUGCACUAUUUGUGAUCCUCCUUGUGGCCGUCGCCAUCUUCUCCUUAUAUUCUGUGCAUUUGCUGCUGAAGACAGCCAAUGAAGGAGGUGCGCUGGUGUACGAGCAGCUGGGCUACAAAGCCUUCGGGAUGCCCGGAAAACUGGCCGCUUCCUGCUCCAUCACCAUGCAGAACAUCGGAGCCAUGUCAAGCUACCUCUUCAUCGUCAAGUACGAGCUUCCCAUUGUCAUUCUGGCUUUUACAGGAAGUAACGGUGAAUGGUACACAAACGGAGACUACCUGGUGCUGCUUGUGUCACUCUUCAUUAUUCUGCCCCUAUCACUGCUUCGGAACUUAGGUUACCUUGGAUACACCAGCGGCCUGUCACUCCUCUGCAUGGUGUUCUUCCUCAUUGUGGUGAUCAUCAAAAAAUUCCAGAUCCCAUGCCCGCUUUCUUUCAAUGUCCACGCCGAGAACGAGACAUUCAGUAACGGCCACAACGCCACCAUAUCUCCCAACAAUGCAACCGCCGUGGACUACAGUGAUGCCUGCACGCCCAAAUACUUUGUAUUCAACUCUCAGACUGUCUACGCUGUUCCCAUCCUGACCUUCGCCUUUGUGUGCCACCCAGCAAUCCUGCCCAUGUACGAGGAGCUCAAAGACCGUUCCCAGAGAAGGAUGCAAGGAGUUGCCAACGUGUCCUUCCUGGCCAUGUUCGUCAUGUACCUCCUGGCGGCACUCUUCGGAUAUCUGACCUUCAACGUGCACGUAGAGUCCGAGCUGUUGCACACUUACUCCAAGGUCUACAAGUUCGACGUGAUCCUGCUCAUCGUCCGCCUCGCUGUGCUCACCGCUGUCACCCUGACCGUGCCCGUGGUGCUCUUCCCUAUCCGUACCUCCAUCAACCAGUUCCUGUGCGCCUCCAAGUUCAGUUGGAUCCGCCACACCAUCAUCACGGUGCUCCUGCUAACCAGCACCAACAUCCUGGUCAUCUUCGUCCCGACGAUUAGAGACAUCUUUGGCUUUAUCGGUGCAUCUGCUGCCGCAAUGCUCAUCUUCAUCUUGCCCUCGGCUUUCUACAUCAAACUGGUCAAGAAGGAGUCGAUGAAAUCUGUGCAAAAGAUCGGGGCCACUGCCUUCCUGUUGUGCGGCUUCGUGGUCAUGAUCGGCAGCAUGAGCCUCAUCAUCCUCGACUGGGUCCACAAUGCCACCAAGGAACACCCAGGCGGACACUAAGGGUCGGCGCUGGAUUGAGGUCACCAAACUAAUGAAGAUCAAAUUUUAAAACGAAGACACAAGACUUGAUGCUUGGCUUUGCCUGAGAGACAGACUAUGCCAUUCCGAGAGAAUGUACACCCGAACUUGUACAGUUUGCUGUUUUGUCCACACCACAAGUAUGGUGAUUAUUUUUUCCCUGCUUUUUUUUUUUAGGGGCCUUCAUAUAACUUCUUUGUCUUUACCCUUAAUGUUAUUGUUUUCGUAGUUCUGGUACAGUUGAAAAACUGAAGGUGCCUCAAAGCAACAAUACGAAACAGGUCAAGGUCGUCUGGAGAGUUGGAAGAAAGAAAGAAAGAAAGAAAAAAAAAAAAAAAAAAGAAAAAAAAAAAAAAAAAGCAGCUGACACUCAGGUACGGUUUUCUGUUUGCAUGAGUGCGGCUGUGACCUCACACGUCAACAAGUCCUGCUGACAAAACGGUGCGAACCACCUCAAAUAAACAUUCGCAAGAGGCAACAGACUUUGCUCAUCUUGCUCAGAACUGUUUUUUUGUUUGCCAAACGUAUACCCAUAGAGCGUAUUUGUACACUGUACUGAAAAGCACUUAUUGUUCAGCACAUUGGUGGAAAAUCCAGACUUGUUUUCAUAUAUGGAUGAGGGCCUAUGACACCGCCGAACCAGUAUUUGUGACCUUUCCUUGUACAAAAACAAAUAAUGGGAAAAAACAACAAAACCUGCCUUUUUAUCGCCAACACUGGGAGCUGUAGAGUAACUCACUGGACUCUUAAAAAAAAAAAAAAAAAAAAAAUGUACUGUUUAGGAAACUGCUGAUGUUGGAGUAGUUUGCACGCGUCUGAGGAGACGCGGCCCAAAAAAAUUAUAUUUUUUUUCUUCCUGGGAGAAUGCUUUGAAUUUGACCACGUCGUGGUCAUAGAAAUGCCUGUCAAAACUUGUAAAUGUAAAAACAAAAUCACAUCACGUUGAAAAGCAAACAUACCAAAAGAAAAAGUCUUGUGCACGUACGGCAGCACACUGUGCUUCCAACACUAACUCAACACCAAACUGUUGUUGUCGAACAUCUAUUUAUGGAAGACCGUAAAAUUCAUGUAAACUAUUUUAUUAUAUUUAUAUUAUAUUGUAUGUGUAUAUAUAUAUGUACAUAUAUCAAGUUCAACUGUAUAUAUCUGUUUUGUUUUUUUUCAUUUGGACUUUGUUUUUUUUAAUGAUGCAUUGGAGCUGUUAAAAAAUCCCCCCAAAAAAACAAAAACUGGGGAGUUUGGAAUUAAUUUGCUCAGCAAAGUCAAAGCUUCAACUGUUCAUCUGUCAAGACUGACUGAAAUGUCCUACUGUCAAUUUUGUGGAAAUUCUGUUUCAUGUCGAGGCCACUGAGAACGUAAAAGUCCCCUUGUACCCCUUUCUGAGUCCCCUGGUUGGAGAGUCUGUCAACCAUCUACGGAGCUUGGGGGUAAAGAGGGCUUUGCCCACCAGUGUUACAUUCUUGUUUCAAUGAAACACCAUGUAUAUCCUGUAAUUAAUGUCCAAUUAAAUUCAAACUUAAAUUCA